AUGCUUUUCAAAUCCUUAUUACCUAUAGGGUUAUUGGGUUUGACCAAGGUCAAUGCUGUUACGGUUGAGAUAUCGUCCAACACUCUCAUAAGUACUGGUGAUACUCUCUAUACUCCAGACUAUAUUAUUGACGAAGGUGUCUACUUAGCAAUCGACUCUGGUUACACUCACAAUUUCUAUGGAGAUUUAACUGUCAAUGGGAUGCUCUACAUCAGUGACAGAAAUCAUUAUUCUGGAUUAACUUGUGAUUUUAUUGGAACAACCAAUACACUUACAAAUUAUGGUGAGAUUGUUCUCAAUGAUUUAAAUGGUACAUCGGCUCCCACCUUUGAUUACUAUGGUGGUUAUUUUUACAACUAUGGUAGUAUAUGGUUUGCAGGAAUUGGUAAUACCGGUGGUUCAACUUUUGCUAUUCAACCUUAUAAUACAUUUGUUAAUGAGGGGAUCAUCACUUACUACCAAUCAGUGUCUCGUACAGGUGGUACUACACACUUAGGUCUUGAUGAUUCUGAUAUUACUAAUGAUGGGACUGUUUGUAUUUAUCAGCAAAUUUACUAUCAAGGAUCAAAUAUUGCCGGUACCGGUUGUUAUGAUGUCGGGUUGAACAGUAACUUCUGGGUCACAAAUGCUUAUUCAAGAACAAUUGCUGAAACGCAAACGAUUCUUCUUAGUACGAGCUCUUCCAGUUUGAGAAUUGAUCUUUACAAUCCUUCUUUCUCAUAUACGGUUGCUGGAUGGGGUAAUGGAAAUGUUAUUGGGUUCAGUGGAACCAUCACAAGUUUCACCUAUAGUGUUGACACAUUAUCCAUUAAGGCAGGUGGGUUUACAUACACCGUCGUAAUUGGUACUGGUUACGACCUGACACAAAUGACAAUCGGAGCAGCUAACUACGGAACUGGUGCUGCUGUAGCUAACACAAACUUCGGAUUACUUUAUGCUCCAGCUCCCCCAGAUUCAUCAAGACCAAGUGUCUGUGCGAUAUGUCCAUCAAUUCCUAGUCCCCCUAACGGAAAUGUACAAACAACCAUCACCUCCACUUGGACUGGAUCAUCCACAUCGACAACCACGGAAACUGCCUCUGUAGGAGGAACCGACACAGUUGUAGUUGAAAUUCCUUCAAACGUUCAAACUACUACAACGUUAACCUGGUCAGGUACUGCAACUUCCACUAUUACGAAUACAGCUACGCAAGGAGGUACAGAUACGGUUAUUAUUGAAAUUCCAAGUAAUUCAAAAACGACUGAGACCACUACUUGGUCAGGAUCAUUUACUACCACUCUCACUGAAAGUGCUUCACAAGGCGGUACCGACACAGUUAUUGUUGAAGUUCCAAGUAACUCACAAUCAACUCAGCUCUCUACUUGGUCUGGUUCGUUCACUACCACUCUCACCGAGACUGCCUCUCAAGGUGGUACCGACACUGUUGUCGUUGAAGUUCCAAGUAAUGCACAAGCUACUGAAACUUCAACCUGGUCUGGAUCAUUCACUACCACACUCACUGAAAGUGCCUCCCAAGGUGGUACUGACACCGUUGUUGUCGAAGUUCCAAGUAAUGCCCAGUCUACUGAGACCUCUACCUGGUCUGGAUCAUUCACCACCACACUCACUGAAAGUGCCUCACAAGGUGGUACUGACACUGUCGUUGUCGAAGUUCCAAGUAAUGCCCAGUCUACUGAGACCUCUACCUGGUCUGGAUCAUUCACUACCACUCUUACUGAGACUGCUUCCCAAGGCGGUACCGACACCGUCGUUGUCGAAGUUCCAAGUAAUGCCCAGUCUACUGAGACCUCUACUUGGUCUGGUUCGUUCACUACCACUCUCACUGAAAGUGCCUCACAAGGUGGUACUGACACCGUCGUUGUUGAAGUUCCAACUAACUCUCAAUCUACUGAGACGUCUACUUGGUCUGGAUCAUUCACCACCACUGUUACUGAGACUGCCUCCCAAGGUGGCACUGACACUGUCGUUGUCGAAGUU